AUGCCCUCAGCAGCUCCCCGGUCUGCAUUGGCAAUCAGACCCAGACCACAACCAAGCGCAUCACACGAGCCGCCACCUUCAACAGCGCCUUCGAGCACAACAAACAAACUGAAGCAUCGACCCUGUACCUCAUAUACCGACCUCUCCCCUCUUUCCAACCCAGGCUUCUCGCCCGUCCGGUAUCCGCAGAUCGACCGUCCAGCCAAAAGACCCAUGCCCACCCCCCGUAAAACCAUCGCCGUCGUUAACUCGUCAGGACGACAAGCUGCUUCCUUCAUACGGGUUGCUGUCGCUGUCGGCUACAAGGUACGUGCGCAGUUACGGAAUCUUGAUGGCAUUGUCGCGACAGAGAUCUCCUCACUUCCAAAUGUUACGGUCUUGGUAGGAGAUCUCUAUACUCGAACAUCGGCGGAGAAUGGCGGCAGUGUAUCUCCCACGUUGGGCACGAAGGGCAAGGGCGCGCCGAACCAUGAUCUGAUCAAGGAGUUAUACCGUGGAGCCCAGCUGGCCUUCAUCAACACCACUUUCUGGGGCGACGAGGUGGAAAUCGGGAAAGCACUCGCGGACGCGGCAGUCGUAGCCGGGAUAGAACACUACAUCUUCAGUUCCAUGCCCAACCACUCACAGCACGAUCAUCACUGGCCAUCCCUCCCUCUCUGGUCCAGUAAAGCCGCAAUCGAGACUUACAUUCGUUCCCUCCCUGCCCUCGCCCCCAAAACCACAUACCUCUACACCGGAAUCUACAAUAAUAACUUCACUUCUCUCCAAUACCCACUCUUCCAGAUGGAGUUACAGGGAGAUGGAAGCUUUACAUGGACAGCCCCAUUCCACCCAGAUGCCCCCCUCCCAUGGUUAGACGCCGAACACGAUGUUGGUCCAGCAGUCAUUCAAUUAAUCAAGGAUGGAAUUUCGCGCUGGGGGAACGGGGAACGCGUAGCCCUUGCCUACGAAAUGCUUUCCCCUAAAGACGCCUGCCGCGCCUUCUCAAAGGGCGUCGGACGUCCGGUACGGUAUAUAUACAAUCCCAAAAUUGACAUCAAGGUUAAGAUACCAAAUGGGUACCGAGAGCAGCUCGUUGCGUUGGAAAAGAUGUACUUAUUAGGCGCAAGAGAUCCCCGGUUACAACCCCCGUAUUUCGGAAGCCAGCACAUGGAGAAUAGUUGCCCUGGAGAAGCUUUGGAAUUAUGGGAAGGGCAUAGGGGGCUGGAGGAGUAUGCCAGAGAGGUGUUUCCACUGGAGGAGGCAGCGAAUGGACUAACGUGGAUGAACGAGAGUCACGAGGUUGAAGGCGAGGUGCAAGGGGAUGAGGAGGACGAGGAUGGAGAUGGGGAUGAUGAGGAUGAAGGACUGGUCAUGGGUGGUGGGACUGGAACCGAUACGCCAGCUAGGAAGGAGGAGAGUUGGCUUGCCUGA